GUGUGUGUGUGUGUGUGUGUGUGGGGGGGUCAGUUUUCUUCACCAAGAGUUAGAGGAGGCAGAUGCGCAUCUGCCAGAGUGUCCCAACUGUUUCCUGCGGAGUUACGUUUAAUCCAGAGGUCAGAAUAAGGUGGCAUCCUGAACAGUGCUGGCCAUUAAAAAAGCUAUGAAGGAAUACAGUAUAAAAACGUUUUGCAUGUUCAAAUCAAGGAGAAGUGUUGUUGCAGUAAUAAUCCAUACAUAUUAUGUGUGCCUUUUCUUACUCAUUCCUGUGUGAUCAGCUGUACACUGAAGCAUUAUAAAUGCCAUCUGAGGUUAUCGUGCAACCAUGUGGUAAUAUUGAGUGCAAAUUGUCUUGCAAAUUGUAAAAAAAAAACAAAAGAAAGAAAAAAAAUCAAGCAGAUUUUAAUAAAUGAUGUACAUACAUGCAGAUGCAAUGUUUCCUCUCGCACUCACACAGAAGCACUUCAACUUUGAAUCCAUUUUAGGACUCAGAGUUAAAAGUGGUGAAAUCUGUGAAGAAGAGAAAUCAAUGUUUCGUCUACCUUUAUAAAGGAAAUUGGUGUUUGCACUGGUGCUGAAUAUCACUGAAAGCUUUUGGAAACAAAAUAUGAAAUGUUUACCUACCCACCAAUUUAAACCUAAACUAAAGCAAUUUGUGCAUUUUCAAUACUAUACCUCUGAUGGUAUCAAUGAAUCCUGAUAUUUUAUAUAUUUUAUCACUUCUAUGCCUAUUGUUUCGAGUCACGUUACUCAGUUAUUCAGAAAUAAUGGAGAUUUGUGAUCGAAAGGACCAUUGAAGUCCAUCAAAAUAUUAAAUCUGUCUCAUCAGCACAUGAUGAGACAAGGAUCAAUAAUUCGCAAAAAUGUUGUCCUUUUCAUAACCAUUAUCACUGGUGUUGCUCAACGUUUGGUGUAUAGUAGUCAGUUCUUUCGUGUUUGUGUUUUUUUCGUGUAGUAUGAUGACCACUGGCAGCACCAGAAAUGAAGCAGAUCCCACUCACUCUCGCACUUAGGCAUGUAUGAUUCAUGUUUUGUUGCGUGUGAUAUGUCUCUCAUCGGAAGUUAAUAGCUUUAUGACAUCAGCGCCUCCUCUCCGUGCCUUUGUUUGGCGUCUCUGCUGACCACGCCCCCUCGCUUCUGCCACCAUAAAGGCUUGGGCCGAGCGCGCCGACAGCGGAAUUCCACGCUCACUUGUGUGGACAACAGGUGUACUCGCCCUGGAUGAUGCACUUAGAGUGCCGGUCGUCGCUUUGCACUUCGAAGCACUUUUUGCACAUUUUUGUAACGCAUUUUACGUCCUGAAAAUGCCUUUCCCGCCUAUUAAUCUCCAGCAGAAGAUCCCCUCUCCUGCAAGGGACCUAUUCGGCAAGAAGAAAGCCAAUGUUGAGAAGAGAGACUCCGGGAAGGAGAAGCAGACCUCAUCGUGGUCAACAGCUAAUUUAAGGAAUUUGGGGCGCAAGACGCAACAGGAGAAGAGUCAAAACCCGUCGCAGAAGGAGGUGCAGGGAAAACACUCGUGGCUGACAUCGACCAAACCUCAGGACUCAACUGCAGGAGUGAGGCGCUCCACCUCCGCGGACUCCGGCAGACCGCUCGCAAGCAAAGAGGACGCAUCCAAGAAGGAGAUCCAGUUCACGCUGAGCCUCACGCCAGAGGCCAUCCUUGUCAUUCAGAAACGAAAUUUGGAAAAGCAGAUGCUGGCGAAGCAGCAGAAAUGCUGCGCGUCGGCGGAUUUUCGGCACAGGCGCGUUUUCCCUUCCAAAAAAACGUCGCACGGGAGCUCCAAGGGCGCGCUGGAGACCAAAGUGGAGGAUGCGGAGCAGGACAUCACGGCCAUUGUUAAAAUAUCGCUCUUGAACGACCAGCACAAGUAUGACGAUGUGGAGUAUGAGGAGGAGGACGGAGACGUGGACGAGACGGUGAUGAGGAAGUGCAAAGAGUGGCUCAAGGGGGUCGAAAGUGCCGCAGCUUUGGGAAAAGUUGACAAACUUACUGCACUACCCCACCUUAAAGGCUGCUGAGAGCUGGACUCAAGCCAUGAAGUGACUCCUCUUAAUUAAUGUUAAAUGAUGCAAUGAAAACUAAAGUCUUCAGGUUGUUUUUUUAAUGUCCACGUGGAAUGAAAUGUUACCCGAUGAACGUAUACUUGCUAUGGAACACUUCCCAGAAUGACUUGAAAGAGCUGCAAGCUUAUUAUGCCUUUUGAAUAGUUUAAAUUAUGAAUUCAGUGACUUUUGCACAUGCGGUUUAUGUUUCCAGUGAAGCGCCUCCUGUGGUUUAAAGCGGGGAUUUUCGAUAAAGAAACCUUUUUGUGUGUAAGAGCAAAUCGCUGUCCACAAUUAGGUUUCAUGCCCUGCUGCUAAAACCAAACUGUCCUUUAUCUCCCAUCAAAAAGAGGCUUCUAUAUUCUGAUGUACAGUAUUAAUAUUUCUACCGAGAAAUUGAUAGUUGGUGCCAUUUUAAAAGUAAAGGGUUUUGUACGAUCCACGCAGCUUCUUAAAAUAUGAACUUGUGCCUCUUUUUUCAUGAUUUAUAAUCACUGACUUUUGUUGGAUAUCAGAGAGGCUCUUUGUUGCCAUUGUAGCUACCUGCGGCCAUUUGGGCAUUAGUGUACUAAGCCUCUUAGAUUUCCUGCUAAGCAGGGUUGACCAGUGUAUUACUGUAGGGGCCACGUACAGGAGCGCCAUCAGGAAGUUGCCUCUAAUUUUUGUAUUACCAGAGUAUACAAUACACCUCACCACGAGACAGUGUCUUGAGACUUUGGUUUUCCUACACUGAAGUGUAUGUGUACAAUUCUCAGCAAGUAAUGCAAAUAAAUGGAUGUCUUGUUCAAUGAA